UCGGGUUGGGUUUAGGUCGGUUCAAAUUGGUUUGAUUAGAGUUCAACUCAGGUCGAAUCAUUGUUGGGUUAAAUUUAGAUCGGGUCAAAUUCAAAAUCGAGACGGAUGGUUUUCUCAAGUAUCGGGUCGAUUUUGACACUUCUACCACUUCUCUAAUCCUCUACAAUACAAGUAGUACUUCGUAUAGAAUCAUCGCGGACACCGCCUUUCUCCUUUCCGUCCCACAAAAUCAGGUCGCAAAAUCGCAAGUGUUUUGUCAGCGAGAAGGUUACUCCUGAAUUGUUCGAAUUGAUUAGGGAUUUUGAUCAGCGACGUCUCUGUUGUUGAGGUUAGGGUUUCAAUUUUAAUCUGAAGCAAAGCUUAGGAUUUCAAUAUCAAUCAGGUCAUCAGAAGCCUUGGAUCACAGGUUUAUUUUCUGGAGAUGACUGUUUGAGAUUGGGGGCAAAUUGAUGUUUAAUUCAUAAAUCAGGGAUUAAUAUGGAUUCGAGUUUCACUCUUGAUUUUCCUAGUCCUUCAGCAAAAAAAUUGAAAUUAAGUGAUGAUGAGAUUAAUGUUGAAGGUUUGUUAUCCUGUAUUCGUGAGUUGAAUAACCUUGAACGAAGGAAUGGGGAACUUGUUGAAUUUGACGAGACGCUUCGUGGAAAAUAUGUUUUGGUUUUUUGUUUUGAAAUGCCUCCAUUGUGCAAGGACCAAGAUUUAUAUUUUCCGUAUGAUCUCAUAAAAACAUGUUUGGAAUUGUAUUACCUGAGAGACGAUUUUGAGUUGGUGGUUGUUUUGAAAAGAAGCCAUUCACCCGUUGCUUUUCUCAAUUUUUUGUACGACUUCCCACCUCAGUCUCUUGCAGUACCGUUUGAGUCUAAGUAUCGUAAGUUGCUGUGCGACUUCCUUCACCUUGAUCGCCCCGGUUUUAAAUGUCUACUCGUCAAUGUCGAGAAAGACAUUAUGCUCCAUGGUGAUCUUGCAAUAGAGCAUCUGCAGUCGCUUCUCCCAGAACAACCAUGUAAAAUUAGCAGGCUUAUAAAAGCAAUGUGGCCUGUCAUCCCCGAAUUGGCGAAACAUCCCACCCUAUGUGAAGAUAGUUGUCCUAUAGCCGCACAAUAUAAAUUGGUCAAACCUGAGUAUUCUGAUGAUAUAAAUAUGGUGGUUUAUGAAUAAAAAAAAACCUGUCCCAUUCAGAUUGGCCACUCAUUUGAUGUUGUAUCUUUGUUGUCAUCAGGCAAGGGUGAGUUGAAUUAUCUGCAUCGAAAUGGUGGUAACCAAUCUGUCCAAGUGAUAGAGGAGACAUUCAAAGGGAAAUACGUCAUGGUUUGUUGUUAUCACGUGCCUAUAUUCCGUGAAGAGUCUAUUUCACUCUAUGUGCAGGGUCUAGUAACUACGUGUUUCGAUUUGUAUUCCUCGAGACAGGAUUUUGAGCUGGUAGUGGUUGCAAAGAUGAAUAAAAUGGUCAAUUAUGAGGCGGUUUUCAACCACUUUUUGUCAGGAUUUCCUGCUUCAUGUCUCGUAGUACCAUUCAGCGACUCAAAACGUCGUGACUUUAUAUGCAAGUACCUUGACCUGGAUCAUGGUUGUAAUUGUCUCAUUCUGGAUGAUAAUGGAAGUGUUUUGCUCCAUGAACAUCCUAGUUUUGUGAGGUCGUAUGGAGCUGAUGGCUUUCCUUUUACGCAAGAGCAUCGGCAUAAGCUUCGCUUAAAAGACUUGGCAUUGUUGAAAAGUCUCUCUACAUCCAAUCUUGAGCUACUUUUGCAGUGCAAGCCCUCUGAUGUUGUUGACAGAAUUAAUUCAGCAGGUGUCCGGGAGGUGAAGACUAUCUCAGAACUUAGCACAAAGCUUGUUGGGUUGUACUUGUGCGCCAAAGGAAAUUUCAUUCCCACGCUUGAUGAGGUUUAUCAACAAUGCAUAACUAAGCAUCUGGAGAUUGAGAUUGUGGUAGUCUACAUGCCCUUUGGGGAUUGUCUUGAUCCACAGGCUUACAAGCUGAAUAUAGAUACUAAGUUAAAGAGGAAGAAGAUAUAUUGGUGGCGUUUGUCUUUUGACAACUCUGUAAGCCUUGGAAUCAAACGGCUAGCCAACGCUUCUAUGGAUAAGCUGAUAAUCAUGGGACCCCGAGGUGAAUUUGUGGAUCUAUAUGGAGAAGAGGUCAUGAGCUAUUAUGGAAUUGAUGGAUAUCCUUUCACCAGGAAGGGGCUUGUGCACAGAGAAUUGAAAAAGCUCAAAGAAGUCACCUUAGAGUCUUUGCUGGUCCAUGGGUCACGCGAUUUUGUCCUUCAAGGUGAUAAUAGAAUUCCUGUGGCUCAACUCCAAGGAAGGUAUAUACUGAUUUACCUUGACUGCCUUUAUGAUUUUAAGUACUAUGAAAAUAUGUUGUUCUGGUAUUACAAGAUGAAGGAACUGAGAUUUGAUUUUGAAGUGGUGUUUUUACGCCGGGUGGAUGAUGAUGAUGAUAUUAGUGGUAUAGAAGUAGGUUUUGAUGAUUUAGUAAUGCCUUGGUUGGUAUGCCCGUUUGAGUUUGACCACUCGGCUUCCGUAAAUAAGAAAUUAUUCACUCAGUAUGAAUCUCAUGAUACCCUGGUUCAAUUCGGACAAAAUGGUCAGAUUUCUGCUUUUCCUACUCUAGAAGAUCUACCCUCGUUCACUUUUGGUACCAAUGAUUUUCCGUUUACUGGAUUCAAUUUACGUGAUUUUGUCACGUGCCAGUUUCGUGAAGAUUUCAUGAGGUUUUAACUAGUUACAACUCUUCCUUUCUUUUAAUUUGGAUAAUGUCAAAUGUUAAUGUAGCUCCUUAGUUCGAUUUCCUUUCAACAAGACUUGUAAUUUGGGCAAUGUCAAAUGUUAAGGUUUGGUGAACUCACGUCUCUUUAAGAUUGUUCAUGUUUGUUGUUAAAACAUAUGAUUUCAGUUAGAUAAAACAGAGGAUUCAAGUCACA